AUGUUUGCAAGACAGACCCUCAGAGCGGCUCAGCCUUUCAGAAGUCAAUACCGACGAUAUGCCACCGAAUCCUCAAGCAGCGGCUCGAAUACUGCCUUGUACACCGGCGUCGCAGCAGCAGUAGCUGGUGCAGGUUACUAUUUCAUGAGUCAGGGAGAUAAUGCCGCAAAGGUCAAGGAUGCAGCAAAAGACGCAGAAGCCAAGGCAAAGGAGGCUCUUGGACAGGGACAAGCUAAGGUUGAAGGAGCUGUUGGGAAAGCUGCUUUCACUGGUGGUGAUCAAGGCUUCAUCAGUCUUAAAUUGGACAGCGUGGAGCUUGUCAAUCACAACACCAAAAAAUUCAGAUUCGAGCUUCCUGAGAGCGACCAAGUCAGCGGAUUACAUGUUACUUCUGCUCUUAUUACAAAGUAUAAGGGUCCGGAGAUGCAAAAGCCUGCAAUUCGUCCUUAUACCCCCACAAGUGACGAGGGUGAAAAGGGUUUUAUUGACCUUCUUGUAAAGAAAUACCCAAAUGGUGUUAUGUCCGAACACAUGCACGAAAUGGUUCCAGGUCAAAGAUUAGACUUCAAGGGGCCUAUCCCCAAAUACGCAUGGUCAGCAAACAAGCAUGACCAUAUUGCUCUCAUUGCUGGAGGAACCGGUAUUACUCCAAUGUACCAACUCGCACGAGCUAUCUUCAACAACCCAGCAGACAAGACAAAGGUUACAUUGGUAUUCGCAAACGUCACCGAAGAAGAUAUCUUAUUGAAGCGCGAAUUCGAAGAUCUCGAGAACACAUACCCACAAAGAUUCCGCGCUUUCUACGUCUUAGAUAACCCACCCAAAUCAUGGAAGGGUGGAAAAGGAUUCAUCAACAAGGAGCUUUUGAAGACUGUUCUCCCCGAACCCAAGUCCGAGAACAUUAAACUCUUCGUUUGUGGUCCUCCAGGAAUGUACAAGGCUAUCUCUGGUGGAAAGGUUUCUCCUUCCGAUCAGGGUGAAUUGGCUGGUAUCUUGAAGGAGUUGGGAUACUCAAAAGAUCAAGUUUAUAAGUUUUAG